AUGCCAGACUCUCCCAUUGAAACAGCCUGGCGAUUCCAGACCUUGGAGUCUGCCGAGCGCUUCAUCUCCUCGGACAGCGUGUCAGCGCAACUUUCUCUACAGAACUAUGUCUCCAAUGAAUUCGAUACCUCGUUGACAGCGGAUUACGUUGAUUCCAUAAAUCCCAAGACCGGCAAAUCUUUUGCUAGGGUCCCGAUCAGCAGCACUGCUCAGGUUGACCACGCGCUGCAGGCUGCUACUGAUGCGUUCAAAACAUGGUCCAAAACGACAGCAGCCUUCAGGUCCAGCCUGCUUGAGCGAGUGGCGUGCUUGAUAGAAGAGAAUAAGGAACUCCUUGCAGUUUGGGAGAGCAUAGAUCAGGGCAAAACUCUUGCACGGGCGAGAGUCGAAGUAGAUCGGGCUGCGACAAAUUUCAGAUAUUUCUCGACUUUUAUUCUGCAUCAAGAGAACGCCGUGAGGAUGAUUGAUGGAGUCGCUCUCACCUACGAACACCGCUCACCAACUGGCGUGUUUGCGCUCAUUUCUCCGUGGAAUAUGCCUUUAUACUUGCUGACCUGGAAGAUCGCGCCUUGUCUUGCCUUUGGUUGCACAGCAGUCGCCAAACCUUCAGAAUUCACCUCCAUGUCUGCAUUUCUACUCUGCGAGAUUUUCCGGCUCGCCAAGAUUCCACCUGGUGUCAUCAACAUAGUCUUCGGUGACGGGGCUACUACAGGCUCGCGACUUGUACAAAGCCCGCUUGUCAAGGGCGUCUCUUUCACUGGAAGUACGGCAACGGGGAUCAAGAUCCGUAGAGAUACGGCGGACCAGAUCUACAAGCACAUUUCCCUUGAGCUGGGUGGUAAGAACCCGACCUUGGUCUUUGAUGACGUGGAUCUCGACAAGGCAGUCCAAACAGCCGCAACAGCGGCUUUUGAAAACCAAGGAGAGAUAUGUUUAUGCGGUUCUCGUAUCUACGUCCAAUCCCGUAUCUACGAUUCAUUCGUCGCCUCACUGAAAACAUAUGUCGAGGCAAAUUACAAAUGUGGCGAUCGUACAGGCGCUGUAGCCUCAUUACAGCAUUAUAACAAGAUCGUAUCGUACCUCGCACUGGCCAGAGAGGAGAAUGCCACUUUCAUCACUGGAUCUGUGCCGCCACUGGAACCCAGCAGCGGCUACUGGGUAGAGCCAGUAGUCUUGACCGAUGUCAGUACAUCGUCACGAAUCAUGCAGGAGGAAAUAUUCGGCCCCGUCGUCACUAUCUCCAGGUUCGAAACCGAAGAAGAGUGUGUCCAGCUGGCGAAUGAUAGCACGUAUGGACUUGCUGCCGUUCUCUUGACCAAGGAUGGUGCACGGAUGAGACGUGUCGGCGAGCAGCUUGACGCGGGGCUUGUUUGGGUCAAUUGCUGGUUGGUAAGGGAGCUCAGUACACCAUUUGGUGGGAUGAAGAACUCUGGCACGGGGCGAGAGGGAGGAAACUACAGUCGAGAUGUUUUUACUGUCGUGAGGACUCUCCACCUACCAAUGUAG